AUGGCUUCCUUACCACAAGCCCAUUUAUUUUCUCUCAUUUUGCUCUCUCUCACAUCGUUCUCCAUCUCCCAAACACCCUUAAUCCACCCUAAUGCUCUUGUUCUUCCCCUCACUAAACAUGCCUCAACUCUCCAAUAUGUCACCAUUAUCAGCCAAAGGACACCUCUAGUGCCCUUGAACGUUAUUGUGGAUCUUGGUGGCCAGUUUCUAUGGGUUGGUUGUGGCUCCAAUUAUGUCUCGUCUUCCUACCGCCCGGCUCGAUGCCACUCGAGCCAGUGCUUCUUAGCCCAUGGUCCCAAAAGUUGUGACCAUUGCCUGUCUAGGGGUAGACCCAAGUGUAACAAUGGGACAUGCAUUUUGUUCUCAGAAAAUGUGUUUACUAGCAAAGUCUCAGCUGGGGACCUCAGUGAGGAUGUGCUCAGUCUCCAAUCCACAGAUGGCCUAAACCCUAGAAGUGCGGUGGCUAUUCCCCAUUUUCUAUUCUCUUGUGCCCCAGAGGUUCUCUUACAAGGCCUUGCUGGUGGGGCUGAAGGAAUUGCAGGCCUCGGCCAUGGCAGAAUUGGGCUGCCUACACUGCUCUCCUCUGCACUCAACUUCACCAGAAAAUUCGCCGUCUGCCUUCCUCCAACCACAACCUCAAGUGGGGUUAUCUUUUUUGGCGAUGGGCCUUAUGCUUUGCUCCCGGGCAUUGAUGUAUCCAAGCUACUCACCUACACUCCUCUUAUCAAAAACCCUAGAAGCGUGGCCGCUAGGGUUUAUGUCACUGAACCUUUGCCUUCAUAUGAGUAUUUCAUCAGGGUUAAGUCGAUUCAAAUCAAUGGAAAACAAGUACCAUUGGAUUCAUCACUGUUAGCUAUCAACAAGAACGGCAUUGGUGGGACAAAGAUCAGCACUGUAAAUCCCUACACUCUGCUACAAACCUCCAUAUACAAUUCCUUCACCAAGCUUUUUCUGCAAGAGGCCAUGGCACAUAAUGUUGCUAGGGUUUCUCCGGUAGCGCCAUUUGAUGUUUGUUUUAGCACAAAAAACACCAAUGGAGCUUUUUCUACUCCUGCCAUUCCUGUUAUUGAUCUUGUGUUGCAGAAUAAGAAGGUGUUUUGGAGGAUUUUUGAGACCAAUUCCAUGGUGCUGGUGGGUGAUGAUGUUGCUUGCCUAGGGUUUUUGGAUGGUGGGUUGAACCAAAGGACUUCAAUUGUGAUUGGAGGGCAUCAAUUGGAGGAUAAUCUUCUGCAGUUUGAUCUUGAAUCAUCAAGGUUGGGGUUUACUUCUUCACUGCUGUUAAGGGAGACCAGUUGUGCCAAUUUUAAUUUUACAUCUAGCCUUUGAUA